AGGCGCUCGGAUAAUUGCAGAGCGCACUCAGUAUUUUUAGCAUAUUUGCCACAAGCGGGCGGAGCCAAGGAGGGUGAGAUGGAGGGAUGCUGAAAAGCAGGUGGCGACCGCUGAUGUUUACAGGAUGAACUUUAGGGAGGGAGGAUGAGGAAGGGAGGAAGCUGGAUAGGAGAGUCGUCGUAGUGAGCAGAUUUCACCGCGAGGACGGUUUUUAUCGGUGUUUGUGAUCGCGGAGAGUGCACAUUUUCAGCGCCGGCGCUCAGAGGCUGACCGGCUGGGAAAGGCUCCGUCUGUGUCUGUCGUGUCGCCGGAGAUUGCAACGAUGUGAUGCACCCAUCUUCGGGGCGACGGCCGAAGCCUUUUGCCUGAAACCUGAUAUUAUGCAGGAGACGAGGCUUUCUGGACGGAUUAAAGGGGAACAAAGCACCGGUUUAGAAAACGUUUUGCGACCUGGCAGCCAACUAUGGUUGACCCCUCGGAGGCUGAGGAGCAGAAUAAGUGUAAAGGCCCGCAAUUCGACACACCAGCUGUGGCCACCGAAGACUCUCGACUGCCAGAAAACACAGAUAGCACGACAACAGAGGAAGAUGGGGAUGCUGGUUUUGAGACGCCACCAACCGGCAGUUCAGAGCCAAGCCCCUGCCACACUGCAUCUCCAGCGGCUCCAGAGGUCACCUCUCAGGACUCAGCACCUCAGCAACCACAGACUCAGACUGACAGCAAUGUGUCUCCAAAGCUGCACCUGGAUCUGUACAACUUUGACUCGCCGGCCGCAGAGGGCAGCCGAUACGUUUUAACGAGCCCCCGCUCUCUGGAGGCGUGUGCUCGAUGCGGGGUCAAGCCUGUGGAGCUGCUGCCUCGCCCGCUCUCUGACUUUGCCCGUGAGGCUCCUGGCCGCUCAAUGCGUGUCGCCACAGGCUUGUUUGAAGUCUUUGAGAGGGACAGGCAUGCCAAACUUAGGCAGUGCAGGGAAGAGAGGGAAAGGAUUGUUAGGGAGGAAAAACGAAGGAUUCUUCAGGCAACGGUCAAUAGCAGCAAUGCAUCUUCUGUGGAUAAAAUGUCCUCUGGCCUCACCCAGUCUUCUAAGUCUGGGCCAGUGACCUCCAGCUCCACCCUCAACGCUGGAACAUCUUCUAGAGCCACAGCAUCAGGUCAAGCCUCCAAAACAGGUGCAGCUCUUUUAUCCAAAGCACCUGCCUCCACUCUUAGUACCUCCCCUAAAUCUUUUCAUGCGGGACCAACCACAUCCUCAAAAUCUGGCUCUACACCCUCUACACCAGUUUCCAAGAGUGGAUUUCUAGGAUCUGGAAAACAUCCUCUGUCCUCAUCCCCUGAAUUAGUAAAGCCCACACGACCACUUUCAUCUGGCCCCCCACCAGUAGUUCGGAAGUCCUCUGGUGGUAAAUCUUCAAACACUUUUCCUAGACCAACACCGAAACCCCCUUCCUUCCCCAGAGCCAACUCCACUUUGACUUCAUCAGCGUCAAAACCUGCAGUUCAGAGCUCUGGGAUACCUCUGAACGGUGUAACAGGAGGACCAUUUACACAGCACAACGGACAUCUUGGAUUUCAUUCCAAGGUACGAGGAAAAAGCCAUUCACUGGAAUCUUUACAGCGAAGGAUGGAUCCCGUCUGCUCUUCAACCUCCACUACUACGACUACGACUACAUGCACCUCGUCAGAGUCGGGCGCUUCUUCUUCUUACAGUUGGGAUGGUGCACGAGAACACUGGGCUAGAGUCUCCAGUCCUCGAGCUCGCACUCUGGCCACUUUCAACUCCCUAAUGGGCCGCAGCCUCAGCCUCGGCGAUCUGAGCCACUCUCCUCAGACGACACAGAAGGUGGAGCGCAUAGUAAAGGAGGUGAAGCGCAGAGGGCUGAAAGCUGUGUCUGAGAGAGACCGCAAGAUAGCAGCUUUGAUGCUUGCCCGAUAUCAAGAGGAAGACAUCAUGAGCCAAACCCGCUAUGUGGCUCACCUUCAGUGGGAUAGUGAGCGCAGGAUGGAGGAGCUGCGUCGCGAGCAGGAGGAGCGAGAGAAACAGCGUGCCGUGCUUCAGUGUCAGAGAGUGUGGCAGACACAGGUGUCGCUGCGUCAGCGAAGACUCAGCCAGCAAGAGCGACAAUCAGCAGCAGCCAAAAUGCGACAGGUCGAGGAGAGCGAGGAGCGAUGGAGGGAGCUUGCAGAACAGCAGGAGCGUAACCGCCUGCUAAAGUUACAGCAGGCAGCGCGAGAGGAAAAGCACAAGAAGGCUCUUCAGGAGCAGAACCUGAAGAGCCUGGAGGAAGAGAGGGCUGCCAUGCUGGAGCAAGAGAGGCUGCUGCUGAAUGAGAAGCUCACCAUGGCUGAGCUGAAGAGGCAAGAGAAAGAGCACCAGUCCCAGGAGGAGAGGCGAGGUCUGAACAAAGCAGAGAAGAGACGUCACAUCGCCCUGAUACAGGAAAUCGCCCGUAGAGAGAAAGAGGAGAGGGAUGAGGCCAGGAGGUCAGCAGAGGACAAGCUCAGCCGUUCCCUUGAAAACUACGAACAGAUAGUCGAACGUCGAGGGAAGGAGCUGAAAGAGAAGGCCAAGCGCGAGGAGAAGCAGAUCCAGAAAGCACGCAAGGCAGCAGAGAAGCGCGAGAGGCAACAGCAGCAGCUGCUGGAGGCUCGCGUAAAGGAAGCAGAGAAACGAGCCCAGCAGGCAGCUUUGGUGGCUGAGGAGAGGGCCAAAGAGAAGGCGCAGCGGGCAGUCCAGAGCCGACAGGAGAAGGAGAAACUCCAGAAGCUCAACAGGCAGCGCGUGGAGGAGGAGGAGAAGCAGAGGCGUCUGGAGCUGCUGCAGUCCAUCGAGAGGAAGCUGGAGAAGAGUGAGCAGAUCUUCAAGGAGAAGAAGGCAGUGUUAGAGAGCGCCCGAUCUGUGGCUAGAGCCUCUUUUCACGUGCGAGACAAAGUGCGGGAGGAGACCAACAUGCGUACCUUUGAUAAAAUGGCCUUGGAAGCUCAGCUCAAAGCCAGUCUCGAUGAGAAAUAAUCAUAGCUUUGUUGUGGACUCCUUACUUCUGGUCAUGUGCUUGGGUCCUGCCUUCAUUAUGGCCUCAGUCACUCAACAGCUUUACCUUUCUACCCAUAAGCACCUGCAAUGUUAUUUUUUCCCUCACAUAUCUUUACCCAUCAGCUGAUUUUACUACAUUUUUCAUAAUUUUUAUUAUCAACACAAACAAAAUAAUUUUGUAUCGUGGAUGUAAUGAGACUACAAACUAACAGCAACGCCUGUGAAACACAUGCAGUGGACUUCAUGAUAGACAUGAGAGUUUUAGGACAGCAGCAAACCCCUUCUCUUUGCCUUCUGCUCCAUCGAUCUCAGCUACUGGACUGAAAGCUCUGCUGGAAUGAAAAGAGUCAUUGUUUACCAGGAAGCACAACUCCAUGACAACUGCAUAGGCUUUUAAGGGAGCACUCAUGGAAGAGAAGAAUAAGCAUAAGAAAAAGAAAAGGCAGAUCGCAGAUGAUCCUGGACCCUCAGAGCAAAUGAGAGAUCCUUUUGUACAUGCACUGUGACACAGCAUGAAAAUAAAGCCCUGGGCUGAACACUUAACCGCUGACAAUGCAGCAGUGGAGGGUCAUGUGCACGAUACCCGUGCUGAUGAAAGCAUCGGAGGACACUGACUUCCGCAGCAGGGCCCGUUUCACCGCCCUCUCAAGGUAACAAGAGGGAGGAGAAGCAGUGUGCAGUGCAUCAGUGUCAGGACUCUCCUGGUCAUGCCGAUUACAGUAAAAUAGUGAUGCACUCUGAAAAUGCCCUAUCUGGCCACUGAUCUGCUCCCACAGCCACCUGGUGACCACGUCAAGGUCAACAGGUCCUGGUGAUGAGCGUGAGCUGGUGAUGUAACCCACAAGCCUCCCGACAAAACUGUUCCUCCCACACUGAGCUUUAUCAAAGUGUAAAAAAAGCCUCUCCUGGUGGAAAUACAGUCUUAUCAGAUCUAAUUUUUUAGGUUUUUAUUCAGUUUGUACCCGUUAACAGUGCCAACUAUUGUUCUGCAGAGAAGAAGAAUCUUCCGCCUUUUACCUGCAUCAGUGAAACAACGUGUGCAAGGUUCAAAAACAGCUUUAUUAGCAUCAAGUCGUGUUUAGUCCCGUAUGUUUCCUUCUCAUCUUCCCCUUACAUGUGGGCUUUGUUUCUGUAUCACUUCUGGUGUUGAGUUAUUUAACAUUUGUACAUUAUCAUAAAAUGCUUCCUUUGAUGAAUUACAUUGAGUUGCAUUAUCAAGAAAGGAUUUUUUUCAGAUGUAGCAAUAAUGAAAUGGUCGUGGAUGAUAUCGAACGCAUCUGUCAGUUCAUCGUUUCCGUCAGUCCCCUAAACUGAAGGUCUGUGCAUACAAUCAAAAGUGGAAAAAUAAAAACAAACAUUUUUCAAGUUGGA